AUGGAAGCAUUGUCACCGCGGUCGACAAAUCAAAUGAUUAAGCCAAAGGUGGCCAUGGAACGAAAAGUGUUGGAUAAGAAUGCAGCUGCCGCCGCUCAAAAAGCCUCAUCCUCGAAAAACCAUGCGCCCCCACCACCGUCGAUAGUUACAGAACCUGAAGAGGAUGGCGAGCGAUACUCUACCGGAGCAUUUCUUGGAAAGGGAGGGUUUGCGGUUUGCUAUGAAGGAGCGCUGUCUCGCAAUGGACGUGUAUAUGCGAUGAAAGUGGUCAAGUCUGAUAUGGGCCAGAAAAAGAUGGAGGAAAAGUUUCGAACCGAGCUUCAGAUCCACUCCAAAAUGCGACACCCCCACAUUGUACAAUUCCACCGCGCAUUCGCUUUUGAAAGCAGUACCUACGUGAUCCUAGAAUUGUGCCCCAAUGGCUCGGUGAUGGACAUGGUGCGGAAGAGAAAAUGUUUGAGUUUGCCGGAAGUGCGAAGGUUGAUGAUUCAACUUUGCGGUGCCGUGAAAUAUCUUCAUAAGCGGAACGUGGCUCAUCGAGACCUUAAGAUGGGGAACCUUUUUCUGGAUCGCAACAUGGAUAUGAAAGUGGGAGACUUUGGUUUAGCGGCCAUUAUCGUAUCCGAAAAGGAUGAGAAGCGAAGAAGAACACUAUGUGGAACGCCCAAUUAUAUUGCGCCCGAGGUUCUGGAUCGAAGCAAAGGCGGACAUACUCAGAAAGUCGAUAUUUGGUCAUUAGGGGUCAUAUGCUUUGCCAUGCUCACUGGUUAUCCCCCAUUCCAGUCAAAGACACAAGAGGAGAUAUACAAGAAGGUUAGGAAUCUGACCUACGUCUGGCCCAAAGACCAGGAGUGUGCCAACCAUAUCCCUGAAGAAGCGAAAUGGUUGGUCAGCUCCUGUCUUAAUCUAUCAGAAAAUGAACGCCCCGACCCAGACGACAUUGUUGAGCAUCCAUUUUUCAAUAUGUACGAUGGGUGUAUUCCCCGACAAUUGGACCCAGCAUGCCGGUUUGCCAAACCAGUCUGGCUGAAGUCUACUGAACCCCGUGGUGAUCGGAUGAUACUUGGUUAUAGCUUGGAUCACGAUGAGAGGCUAUUGGGUUAUAUAGACAAUGUCGACGAUCCCGGUCAGCGUUACCCCUCGUGUAAGGCUGCAUUCUACAGCCUCUGUGGCGUGGGAAGGAAGCCGGAUGGCACUGCUCGUCGAUCUACAGGCAAGAACUGUUCCAAAUCCGCGUAUGCUGAAUGCAUUGCCGAGGAAGAGAAAGGGUUACAGCCGGUAAUUCCACUGCCUGAAGACUUUGUCUAUAAGUACCCCCACUAUGUCGACGGAGACUGGAGUGCCCCAGAAUCAACCCUGCCAGUCCGUAGAGACGAUUCCUCAAUAGACAGCAGCGUUCUCUCAGGGAAGCGCAGCGUGUCUCUUCGAAGCAAUGCUUCUUCUCUGUCGAGGACACAGGCUGCUCUGGCUGCUGCUCAGCAGAGGCGCAAGGAGUCUCAAAGUCAUGCAGCAACACUUCGACAGCAGGCUCUCACGGGUAGAAGCUCUGUUCGAAAAAUUACUGCCCUUUGUGACCCCCCUGCUCCUGACGUUCCACCUGUGCCCGAGGCAAAGGAAUUCGACGCCGACGUGGCUCCGCUCCCGACUAGAGGUUUAGCAGAACGACCCAUCCGUACAAGAAGGGGAGUCGCUGCAUCAUACUCGGGAUCACUACGUGACCUGGAUAAGAACAUUGCGCCGCAAGUGCCUAAAUCGACUACUGCACCUGGCAUGUUGACCGUGGGCAAGACACGCUCCCAGUCUCGGAGGCUCGAGGCUGCUAGUCAAGAGAAACUGCAUCCAAUGCCGGCCGUGGGUGAGCGAGCUUCAUCCGCAACAUCGACAGAAUUGCCGUCUCGAACAAGAGAGCCUUCGCGCCAGUCGUCGAAGAUGGAAAUCAGGGAUGCCCCCAAGAAGAAAGAAGAGGAGCGGGUAUUACCGAAAGAAAAGCCCAGAGACGAGACUGUUGAGGAAAAUAGACCCGCAAGGCCUGAAUCUCGAUCGCAGGGGCUAAGCCGGUCAGACAGCAAAACAACAUCCUCACCAGGCAGUAAGCCACGGUCAACAUUAGGCAUACACCCUCUAUUUCACAAGCAGGAUAAAUGCGAUGUUCUUCCACGGACAUCCGUCGAAGAGGUCAAUGCAGAUCUCCGUCUCAUGCUUGCCAGUCUUGUUCCCAACCCAUCCGCUCGCCGUCGGACAACAAGAAGAGCCCCACACGCAUACGUCAUAAAAUGGGUUGACUAUACUAACCGAUAUGGAAUUGGGUAUGUCCUCGAUGAUGGCAGUGUGGGAUGUGUGUUCAAAGCCGAGAAUGGGCAGCCGGCUAGCGGUGUUGUUCUCCGUGAUGGAGAACGACACAUCCGCCGCAAGGCCCGAACCCUCGAGAAGCCAGAAGAAGGCCGAUAUGCUUACUCGGAAGCGGACCAACUUGUACCUCGUAACGGCAAAUCAGUCGAGUUCUACGAAAACUGCGAGCAUGAUCCUUCGGGAGGCCGAGCCGCCAUUCGACGAGCGUUGAUUCAGCCAUCAGUUUUUGAAGUGAAGAGUGGUUCCUCCAGCGCAGGUAUCAAGGUCCGCACAAACUCCGGCGUGGAAUGUGCGCGGGCAGAUGCAGAGAAGAUCAAGCGGGUCAAACUGGUUGACCAGUUUGGCAAGUAUAUGAUUGGGUCAUUGGGCAGACAUGGUGAUGAUGAACUUGCCGAGGAUGAGACGGUCACUGAUAGCUUCGGCCAAUUUAUCAAGUUCUACCAGCGCUUGGGUAAUGUGGGUGUUUGGGGGUUUGGGGAUGGAGCUUUCCAGUUCAAUUUCCCAGACCACACCAAGCUUGUUAUCUCGCCAGGUCGCUCGAGGACUUCAUCACCGUGGAUUGACUUCUACCACCUUUCACCUUCUGCGGCACGCUAUCUCACCGCAAAGGGCCGAAUGCACCCAUCUGGAUUUGAUACUCGGGCCGUCACGUCGGAUGACGCUACCACGUUCAUUGCAGUUGCUCAUGGGUUGUCUUCUAGCGUGGCCGAUGAAAGAUUGCGCGAUGUUUUGGAGGCCAACUCGUUCUUGCCGAAGGUCAGCUUCAUCAAGGACGUGAUCAAGGGCUGGAUUAAGCAAGGCAGGCUCGGUGGUCGAUCAUCCCAGCCCAAGUCAUCUACUGAGGGAGUCUCUAUGUCGCAGGAGAUCUUCUGGGAAGGCACCCAAGAGCGGCCGCAGCCUGGAGGAAGUGGAGGGAAGUUUGUUUGGGUCACAGUGGGAGCUCCUGGAGGCGAUGGAGAGUAUCGAUCCGUGUCCUUGAAGGAGAAGAAAAUGGAGGUUGACCAUGAUCGUGAGGUCAAUGCGUUGAGGGAGCGAUUGCGGGCAUUGGGAGGACACCCCUAG